UGCUAAGAGCUCCGAGCCCAAACAUAUCACACAGUUUCAGAUUUUCAUAACUGGUUCAAGUGCAUUUUAAUUUAUGUGUCUUGAUGAUAAUAACUGCACAAAUGUGUAAAAAUAAAUAACAAUAAUAAACAUAUUGUUUUACGAUAUUGAAAAACAAGGUGAUUGAUUAAUUUAAUUAUAUUUUUUUUUUUCUUUUUUUUUUUUUCGAAAAUGUAAUGAAACUUUUAAGAGGUUUCGUUUUUUGGCUGAGAUGUAUUACACAGCAAUAUCGAGAGAUUUUCCUGGUGAAUCUAUAUCACCCUACAAAAUAUCAAAGUUUGGUACAUUGGAAUGUCGAGGUAAAUCAUUUGUCAAUGAUACAAACUCACCGAGUGGUCCCUUACUGCCUGGUGAGAUGAACCAAGGAGAUAAAAAUUACAAAGAACGCAAAGAACAUCGUGAUAAAUAUAGGCCACACAGAAAAUACUCUGAACUUACACCGUCAAGUGUAAACACAAGUUACGAUAAUUAUGGAAAUUCUGUUUCGAGUAAAUCAAAUUCACUACCAGGAAGAUGUAAUACAAAUCUGGAAGGUACUGGACCCUUGGUGGCAACUGGAAUUUCAUCAGAUGAUCUUGCAACACAAUUGACACUAUUAGAUCUUGUUGUUUUUAAAGCAAUUAAACCUGAAGAAUUAUCCAGUUGUUCGUGGAAUAAAAAAAAUAAAUUACUUGUUGCACCAAAUGUUGUUGAUUUCACCAGGCGAUUUAAUCAUGUAAGUUUUUGGACAGUACAAGAAAUUUUAAAUUUCUCAUCACCAAAACAACGAUGUGAAGUUAUUGCGCAUUUUAUACGUGUUGCUAAAAAAUUAUAUGACUUGAAUAAUAUGCAUUCUCUGUUUGCCAUCAUAUCCGGCCUUCAAAGUGCGCCAAUAUAUAGAUUAACAAAAACAUGGUCAUAUUUAACAAAGAAAGAUAAAGCAUCAUUUGAUAAAUUAGCUGAGGUAUUUAGUGAUAAAAAUAACUGGAUGAAUCUUAGAGAACAUAUGUCAACACUUAAAUUACCAUGCAUUCCUUAUCUUGGUCUAUUUCUUACUGAUCUUGUUUACAUUGACAUGGCACAUCCACCAUCUAAAAACAAUGACAAUCAUCAAAGAGCAAUUAAAAUGAAUACUGUUUUAACUCGUGUUACUGUAUUUCAAGCAAGUGAAUAUUCAACAAUUACUGUACUAGCAGAUGUACAAAAAUAUUUAAAUUCUGUGCGUUAUAUUGAAGAGUUACAAAAAUUUCUUGAAGAUGAUCAUUUCAAAUUAUCAAUGAAAUUAGAGCCAAAUUCACCAGUUGCAUCAUCAAGUAGUAGCAAAGAAUCAGUGGGUGAUGUGGCAACGGGCGUGGCUGCAUUAUCACUAUCACCAGCUCGUGGUUGUGCUGGUUCAUUGCGUCUUCAUGCUGCAUCAGCAGCAAAUAAAUUUGUUCCUGGUCAUCGUAAAUGUCGAAGUCUUGGCACAAAGCUUCGCAGUGCGAGCCUUCCACGCAACUUCCAUAAACAAGGAUGCCGAUAUGGGACUAGCUUUGGAGCAUCUGGUAUAUUUGGAAAAUCAAAUGGUGCUAAUUUAGAGACUGGACAAAUGACUGUUAGACAUCUUUUGGAUGAUUCUGUUCUUGAAGAACCACAUGUGGUAUUGCCAACUGUUGAUUUAGAUCAAAAUUCACCUUGUACACCUACUGAUGCAAUAAAUGAUGAUUGCAGUCUUCUUUCACGAACAAGCACACUUCCUAUACUACCAUGUGAUAUUGAUGGAGUGUUGGAACCACGUUGUUCAAUGCAAGGGCUAUUAAAAAGAAAAGUUAUUUUACGUGAUGGAAGAAAACCAGCAGUUACAACAUGGCAAAAAUAUUGGAUACAACUUUGGGCCUCGUCAAUUGUUUUUUUCUCACCAAAAUGUUUUAAAGGGGGAUUUUCUUUUAUUUUCAGUUGUGAUAGAUCUGAUUUUAAACGUGAGCCACAUAAAAUGGUAUCAAUACUUGGAUGGAUUGUUGAAUCAGCUGAUAGUAUGUUUCAUAAAGAUUCAUUUUUACUCACUGAUCCUAAUAAAGGAAAUAUCUACAAAUUUCGAGCUAUAUCAAGUGAUUUUGCUGAACAGUGGGUAAAAGAGAUGCGAGGAAUGGUACGUGGAGUGACUGAAAAAAAACCAUUACCAGCAAAUUUAAUGUCUUUCGAGUAGUCGGUGUAUUAUCAACCUUGAAUACGGUAAAUAAUAACAUGCAGCUCUUAAAAAUUAAAUAACUCAAAUAAUAUAUCAAAUUGCUGAUAAUUAUUAUUCGCCAAGCAUGCGCCAAUGCUUUGAAAAAAUAAUAACUUUAAAAAGAUUCAAAUACUUUAAAGGUAAAUUAAUUUUUUUCAAAUGGACUAAUCAUUUUUUUUUUUUUUUAUAUAACAAAAUGAAAAAAUAAGCUUAAAUAAUAUCAACCAACUUUUAUUUUUUGCUUUGUACUAAAAUUUUACAUGAAAUUUCUAUUCGUUCAAAAAAAAAAAAGAAAAGAAUUUCAAUGAUUUUGUGAAAAAAAAAUGAAUGAUAAUAAUAUUUGAGUUAGAAAUUACAUUCAGUCCAUCGACUGAUGUCAAUUAUAUUAAAAAAAAAAAAAAAAUUAAUUGCUAGUAACCACUAAACAAGACUAAAAAUUUAUACAAUAAAUAAAAAUAUUCAAAAUAAUUUUUUCUAAUAAAAUUAUAUAAAUAUAUAUUUUUUUUUUUUUGCAAAUAAAUUUCACAUGUAAAUUCAAAACUGGUACUAUAUAUUUAACAAAAUUUAAAAGAAAUAAAAUUAAUAACCAUUAUAAAUAGUAAAAUAUAAAGAAAAAAACCAAAGGACCCAAUUAAUCUGCGAUUUAUAUUGACUAUGAAUAGCAAAAUAAAUAAAAAAAUAAUGCUAUUAGCUUGCCUUUUUUUCAUUGGCAUAUCACUAGGCAUUAAUGUGUGUAUAAUAAUAAACCACUCAAUUUAUUAUUCAUGACAAACAUAGGAUUAUUAUUAACAAUACAUACCAUUUAAAAAUUGACAAAGAAAAAAAAUGAAAAAGAACUGUCUGCUCGAAAUUUUGUAGUUUUAAAAUUAAUAUAAGUAUCGUUAUUAUUAUUAUUAAUUAUUAAUUAUUAUUUGGCUAAUUAAAUGCCUAUACUUGCAUUAUUUGAUACUCAGUAAAUUGUUUUUUCAUAGUCCACUGACAAUUUGACAAAGAAAUAAAAGAGAUUGUCAUUGUUUUUUUUUUUGAACAUAUUAAUUAUUAUUAUUCAAUGUUAAAGGCAAUAAGUCAUGAAUUAAUUAUUAUGAAAAUAUAAAGAAUAAAAGAGUCAAGUGUGGCUCAUUUAAUCUUAAUACACACAUAUCAUUUUUUUUUAUUAUUAUUUAAAUAAAUAAAAAAACAAGUAUGCAAGAAAUAAAAAUAAAUGAUCAAUAAAUUAACAACAGAUGUUGAAUAAUAUUUGCACUAAAAGGCUGACUGAAUCAUGUUAUUAAAAUUAAUUUAUACGACUUAAUUGUUAUUGAAAAUUCAAUGUUCUAUUAUUGAUAAAAAAAUUUUUUUUUCUAUUUUUUACUACAUGAUGAUGAUGCCAAAAAGGAAAAAGUAAAAGAAAGUAAUGUUUUUUAUAUAUAUUUUUUUUUUUUGGUAAUUCAUAUAUUAAUUAAGAUGGAAUUUAUUUUUCAUUUGAAUAUUAAUAAUUACUCAUAUAUUUAUGAAUAAUGAAAUGGUUGUAUUGUCAUUCACUUUAAUUGUUAAUAAUUGAGGCUUUUUUUUUUGUAUAAUUUUAAUUUUGUUGUAAUUUAAUUUUUGUAUAUUGCUAGUCUUUAUUUUUUUUUACCCUACAAUAUUAUAAAUAAAUCCGAGCAUAUUUUGACUAAAGUAUCUGUAGACUGAUACAUUAUUAUUAUGAAAAAAAAAUAUAUAUAAAUUUGCUUGGAUUGUUUUUAAUAACACAAGUUGAAUUUGAUAAUUUUCCUAUUAUCAACAAGGUAAUAUGUUGAUAGAAAUUUGAUGAUAGAAAAAGAAAAAUAAUAAUAAAUCAAUAAUAUAAUUGAAUAUCACCUGAAUAAUUGCAAAUCACUUUAUUUUUUUAAACUAAUAAUGCAAAGCUAUCAAGUUUAUUAAUAUUUAUAAAAUGAAAAAGAAAAAAAAAAAACAAUUUCUAAUGCAAA